AUGGCAAUGAAGCAAAAGCAGACCAAGCUACAGACGGUCCAGGUGAAAAUUCCCCUCCCCACGGGGCGGCCGCCCGGCAGCACGCGGCAGGCGCAGGUCGCCCUGGCGCUCGGGCGAGCGAAGGAAGCGCGGCACUCGCCCCCACCGCGGGGCAGAGCCCCGGCGAGCGUCCCCGUAGACAAAGGCGGGACAGCGACACCCCGCACCGAGUCGGGCAGGUCCUGGCGGGGCAGCCCGGUCCCUCCAGCGGCCCGCGCCGGCGGGUUGGGCGAAGAGAGCGUCCCCAGGCCUAAACCGGCUGCCGCCGCGUCCCGCCGCCGCGGCACGGCCGGGGGACCGGGACCGCCCGGCCCCGAGAGGUCCCCACCGCCGGACGCGCUGUCCCGGGGGAGCCGGGCCCAGGCCCGGCGCGCCGAGCCCCAGCGGCACCGGCCGCCGCUCCCCGCGCAGGGCGGCCGUUCCCCCCGCGCGCCCCCCCCGGGCCUCACCUCACCGGCGGGCGGCGCGGGGGCGGUCGGGAGGCGCCGGGCUUCGUCAGCGGCCGCCGCCGUAUUUCGAAAGAUCCGCCAUUUUCACCCCGUCACCACCGCCCCCAGCGGCCCGCCCCCGCCGCACCUGCCCCCGCCGCAGCACCCGGCCGCUCCGCCCCGCCACCGCCCCCCCCCCCCAACCCCACCAACUGUCCCGCCGCCAAACCCCGGCCGCUUCCGGACAGGCGAGGAGCGGGGCGGCGGCGCGUCCCGCACACAUCCCCGCUCCGAAGGGGAGCCUGGCCGCCGGCCCGCCGCAGCUGCAGGGGCAGCUGGUCGCAGGGAGCAGCGGCUACGAGACCCGCCGAGCCGGCAUCCCCGGCGGCGGCGGAGCGACUGGCGCGGCUGUCCCCGCAAGCCCGGGGAGGUCGGCGGGGCCGCUCGGGAGCCCGCCCCGCCGCAGGGAGCGCACCCAGUAGGGCCGGGCCUGCGCCUUCCCGGCGGCGGGCGGCUGUCAGCGCUCCGCCGCUCGCUCCCGGCCAGCGGAGCCGUGCCCGCGCCCCCUUCUUCCCUCUAA